CUUCAAUACGAAAGAUGGUAGAGAAGAUUCCACUGCGGAAGACUAUCGCUCGAUUGGAGUUUCCAGCGAUCAUAGCCUUCGGCAAUCCUCUGCUGGAUAUUCUUGUGAUACUGAAGAAUGAUGAACUGAUUAAGAAGUACAAUCUUAAGAUAGAUGGUGAAACAGAGUUGUGUGAGAAGAAGCUGCAAGAGCUAAUCACGGAUUUGCCACCAGAGAUAGAGCAAUAUACUAAUCCCGGAGGAUCUGCGCAGAAUACAUUGAGAAUUUUGCAAUGGCUUUGUGACGAGACCCACGAGUCCCAAAUCAGUAUCUACUGCGGAGGUCUCGGAAAUGAUCAAAGAGGUUCGAUCUUAGAAAAAUUAGUUCGACUUGCAGGAGUGGACGCAAGAUACACUGUACAUCCAACAUUGCCUACUGGAUUAUGCGUUUCUCUUGUGUACGAUACGUCCCGCAGUCUCGUCGCUAAUCUUGGCGCAGCUAGUGUAUAUACAUUGGAUGAUUUAAAAAAGGCCAAUCUACAAUUAGAUAGUAUAAAAAUAAUUUACAUCGAAGGCUAUUUUGUAACGCACAGUUUAGAUGUGGCCAAGGAAGUGGUCAAACAGGCACAGGAGAAGAAUAUUAUUGUAGCGUUUAAUCUCAAUUCUUUUUAUAUAUUUCAGGAUCAUCAAGCGGCCAUUUGCGAAAUGGUCGGUCACGCUAAGAUAGUGUUUGGCAACGCGAGGGAAAUGAUCGCACUAGCUCAGGCAUUGAACGUGAAAUACGACGACGUUGCUGAUAUACCUUUUCUAUUGAAUAGCUUAAAAAGAAUUACGAUGGACGUUUCUAGCGCUAAUAGUAAGGACUGGUUGGCCGACGAUGGUAUAUUCAUCAUGACGCGUGGUGGACGCGCGCCAGCAAUUAUCGUAUGGAGCAGAGGUCAAUCCGUUCAGGUACAGCCCAUCGUGCCUAAGACACCUAUUGUGGACACAACAGGCGCCGGCGAUGCUCUGGUGGCUGGCUUCCUAGCCGGCGUCUUGGCCCACUGGGAUCCGAAAAGUUGCCUAGAAUUAGGAUGUAAAGUCGCGUCUUGCAUGACAACUAGACUCGGCGUCACGCUGCCGAGCGACAUGCCGCCCGACUUUCUGCCAUAACGAUUUGAUCUCUUUAGGAUGUUAAUGACUCAUUACCUGAUAACGUAAUUGCACACGGUUAUUUAUUGCCUGAAAGUUCUAUUAGCGAAUUAUCGACUGUUAGAACGAUAACUAGCAUUCCUCGUCGAUGUUACGUCCAUAUUUCAUUAAGGGGAUCCUAAAAUCGUCUGUUUACCGCAAUAAUUUUUUGACUGAACGCAAUAAUUUUCA